GGCAGAGAUUGGUCCUAUGCCAUGGUACAUUAUAUACUAUUGAAAAACCUUGCACAAGAAGAGGCAAUGUUGGAGCUAGUGUUCAGAAGUGGAAAUGCGGGGGGGUUUCAAUCGGUUCAAUGAAGUUCUUGCUGAUACGUUUGGACUUCAUUUAUGACGUUGCCAUGACAACAGACGCGAAACUGCAAAGUGUGAAAAUAUUGGAAAGCAAUUGCAAAGAAAAAUGUGCCUCUGUCUGGGACCUACGGGAUCGGGAAAAACUCUGCUUCUAAAGAAAUUACAGAACCGGGAUGCGGUUGACACAAUGUCCAGUACUGUGCCAACAGUUGGCACAAACCUCAUUACAGUACGAUUUGGGAAUCAGAAAGAAACCACAAUUCGGGAAGUAGGAGGUGCAAUGGCACCUAUCUGGAAGAGUUACUAUUCUGGAAUACAAAAGAUCAUGUAUGUAGUAGAUGCAAGCAACCUCUGCCAAAUUGCAGCAGCAGGAGUUCUGCUGUAUACAAUAUUGGCUGAGCCAUGUCUUCAGAAGGCAAAGAUCCUCCUGGUGCUGUCCAAGAUGGAUGCCUCAUACCGUCAGAUGAGAAAUGAGGCACUGCUGAUGCUGCAGCUGACAAGAUUGAAGAAGGAAAUCUCACAAGACAUUGCAGUAGUGGAGGCAAGUGCUAUGACAGGAGAGGGCAUAGACAACAUGCUCAAGUGGCUUCAAGGUGAUAGCAUUGCUCCUUGCAAGUCUAAGAAGUGACUUAUUACCUCAUCCAAUAACAAACAAGUUUUUGAUGUUCAUGCACAAAGGCAAGAAUUGAAAAUACUCCCAUAUAAUGCUUCUUGAAACCUGUUCUCUCUUUUCAUAUAAAUACACUAUGACAUAAUGUAAUGUAAAAAUGUAGUUAAUGAAAUCCGAAUGCAAGAAUGCUAUGCUUCCUACUGGUUUGACCAUCACAGUUUCCCACAUGGUAUGGUUCACUGCCAGUUUGUCAGGUGUCUUGUGCACGUCAGUGGAAUUUCAUAUGGGAGUAUGUGAUAGAUACUUCAUACAUUCUCAAACACAGAUCAAAACAGUCUAAAAAUAUUUUACAAAUUCCAUUUUUAAAUCACUUUCUGUGCAUGUACUGAAUAAAAUUUGUUAAAAAAAAUCUUUCUCUCAUGAGUAUAUAAUAUGUAGUAUAACUUUGAGAUAAAAAUUGACAUCUCUGAAGUGUUACAACAUACAGUCUCAUUUUGAGAUUAAGAGAUGAGGUUCCAAGAACAAGAUCUUCAGAGGACCUGAGGAAAAUAAUUUCUUAAAGGGAAAUGUAAAAUUAGGUUUUGUUUUGAUCUACUUUUGUAUUCUGAUCCCAAGCAAUUGUUUCAUUAUAUUUCAAUUAUAAAAAUAAAACACAAGUGUACAUAUUAUCAGAGCAACUUGGAAAUACAGUGGCAGUAUGAGAA